AUGAACAAAAAUAGCUUAAUAGAAAAUAAUUUCAGCUUAAAAUGCUUAAACCACUAGAGAACUUAAGCAAAAUAUUUUUGCUACUUACCUUAAUGUCAAUAGCAUAGAAUAUUUUGUGAGAAUUGUCUAAAUGAUUUUCAUUCCCAACACUAAGAAUCAAUAAGUCAUCUAUCAAAUUUGUUCCUAUUACUUGAUGAAAAGUCCCAAAAGGCAGAAUUAUCCUUGCAAUCAUAUUACAAUUAAUUCAGAAGUCUAUAAGAAUAUUUUAACGUCACAAUUAAAGGAUUGCGAUAUAUGUUUGGAGGGUUGACUUCAGAUUUAUUAGAUCUUGAUUAAAAUCAAAUUGUCUAGUUUCUUGAUCAAUUAAUCCAUUUCGAUGAAAUAAACUAAUUAUAUAGAGAUUAAGUAGAGAACAAAUUACUCAAGAUCUUAGAAAUUCUGAAUCAAAUAUUUUCCAGGUUACCAUUACAAGAUAUAGCAUAUCGGAUACCAUAAGACGUAGCACAAUAACAAUAAAAGUAUUAGAAUUUUGGUUAAAUCAAUGAAAUAUAUUAGGUAUGUAAUUAAAAGAAUAAGGACUUUAUAGUGAGGCUAUGAU